AUGACACAAACUAGACAAAGAAAAAAGGAUAAGAAUGCAAGCCCAAAUGAGGUACUUGUAAAAUUUAUGAAAACAACAUCAAUACGUGGACUCCCGAGAAUAGUUAACAGCGAAAGCAAAAUAUGGUGUGUGGUACAUAUUCUUGUCUUCUUGGCUGCCCUGGGUUUGACUUUGUAUAUGGUGCAAAACAUAUUGAAAGAGUACUUUGAAUAUAAAGUGACUACAAGCGUUGACCUCAGCAGAAAUACGGAAGAUACACAUUUUCCAGAUGUUACACUCUGUAACAUUAACCCACACAGCAAAACAUUUAAGGACAUCACUCGAGAAACUCUAUCAAAAGCUUGGUCCAAAGUAGAUGGUAAUACAGCACAAAAAACCAAGGAUCCACAUAAAAGUUAUAAGAAACUAUUGGAGGAAUUCAGAAGAAUGGGGAUGAAAGAUGCUGUUGAAAGUAAAACAUUUUUCCAUGCAUCAUUAUCUCCUCAUGAACUAGAGAUGAGUGGUCACAAGAAAGGAGAUUUCAUUAGAGAUUGUAAACUAAAAGACUGGUAUGGAAGAGAAACCCCAUGUGAAAUGAAACAGUUAAUUCUUUUCAGAGAUUUGGACAAAUUGAACUGCUACACAUUUCAGCUACACACUCAAGAAUUAAAUGCGACACGAUUGCAACGCUUACGUGGAGUAUCAUUUGUCUUAUUCCUGGCCCCAUUAGCCCCGGACGUGUUUUAUGAAAUCCCAGAGAAUGUUCCCUCAAGUAAUGGAGCGAUUGUUUACAUACAUGAACCAAACACGAUGCCAUCUAAGUCAAAAGGCUUUACCGUAUCCCCUGGUUUUGAAACACUAGUCAGCGUAAGUGUUAUACACUCAAUCCAACUACCAGCACCAUAUGGCAAUUGCAAAGAGGAAUUUGAAGACAUUAAGAGUGGUAGACGUGAGUUUGUAUACGAUCAUGCUACGUGCUUUGCGAAAUGUGCACAGGAUGUCUUCAAAGAAUCCUGCAACUGUUCAUGGGAAGAAAUUCCUUCAUUUGGUGACCAUCACCCAUUAUAUUGCAUGAACAUGAACUUACCAAGAGAGGCACUCAAAAAGAAUGACAGAUGCCUACAAAAAGCUAGAAUAAAGUUGACAUCUCACAAGCAGAAGCACCAAUGUUCUCAUUGCAAAGAGAAAUGCAGCACAUAUAGUUAUCAGAACUCAAUCAGUCAAUCUGUAUGGCCAGAUGUUUCAACACACCUUGGAAUGUACAAGCGAUAUAUCCGAAAAGGCACAGCAUGCAAUCAGUUGUUCACAGAAUAUGAAGACCUUUUGACUGGUAAUGGGAAAAAUCUCACCAUGUUGGAGAUACACACAAAGCUGAGAGCUUAUAAUGGUGUAAAGGAUAGUUUGAUUAAACUUGAUGUGAUGCUGAACAGUAAAGAUGUUCUAACAUAUGAACAAAAGAAAAUCGUGACACUUGCCAAUCUUUUGUCAUCGUUGGGGUCUACUCUGAUCUUUGGAAUAGGGUUCACAUAUUUCGCCUUUGCUGAGAUAUUUGAAUGCUUAUUUUAUUUCAUUAAAAGUUGCAUUAAGAGAGAGAACAGAGAUGUUCAGACAGACAGUAUUUGUAUUGACAUUAAAGGGGAGAAUAUUAAAGGUGCAAUGUCUGAUAAAAGCACAAUCAGAGUAACCCCCUGA